AUGAACCAAUCAUCACCUCCUCUUGUUCUUGUUGAAAGUGAACAAAUUCCAAGAACACAAAAUCAAAGAAAGAAAAAUUGGAAAUGUACAUUUCCUAAAUGUGAAGAAGCACCUAAAACAAGAUAUAAUUGUUAUGCACAUGUUUGGGAUGCACAUUUACGAACAGAACUUAGUAAACCAGGAAAGAAUCCAAAUAAUUUAUUAUUAACAACGUUUAAGUUAUCUCCUCAAAAAGAUGAUAUUAAAAGGUUGUGUGAGGAUUAUAUGAUUAAAUUGAUAGAUAAAUAUCCACCAACAAAAAUUAAAAAAAAAAUAAUAAUAAAUAAUAAUGAUGGUGAUAACAAUUUACAAUAUCCUUUUGCCUUUGACCCUAAUUCAAAGUCAUUUGACAAUGAAAUUCAUACUAAUUCAUCAUCAAAUAGUGUUAUUAAUAAUGAAACUACACCAAGUCGUUCAAUAGAAAGUGUUCCAAUAUCAUAUUCUGGAGCACCUCUUGCUAUUGACACACCUAUUGGAAUUGAAAUGCAACCAACACCAAUAAAACAAAACAUAAAUACA